AUGAGUAAGUUGUUAUCUCGCGAUGACGUUGCAGAAUUGAUCUCUAAUGGUAGGGCAGUUGUCAUUUAUAAAGAUUUGGUUCUUGACUUGACGUCAUGGCUUUCUAAACAUCCUGGUGGAGAUACCGCUGUACACCACAUGGUAGGUCGUGAUGCGACAGAUGAAAUGAACGCAUACCAUAGUAUUGAGUCCAUUUCUUCGUUCAAAAAUUGGAAGGUGGGACGCAUAGACUAUAUGUGGGAGAACAUGUUACCUCCUAUCCAAGGAGGGAAGUACGAAAAGGACUUUGGUGUUACGUCUAUGGAAGAUGUCACCAAGAUUGUACCUUCGGUAGAGGUUCCCAAUAAGGGAAUAGGAUAUCCAAUUGGACAAAAUGUCAAGCCCGUAGUUCCACUGAACGUUAUUCCUACUGAAGCAAACAAGGAUGAAUAUUUCCCAGUUGAGUCUCUCGAAUCAAAGGCCAAGAAGUCAAGUGCUAUUGUUGAUCCGCAGCUCUUGAUGAAUGAUUAUGAUAAUGCACUUAGUCAGGCUGCUCUCGGUGACAUCCCGCUGCUUGAUUACGCUACGCAGCAACUCCUUAGGGACGAAUAUGUGAAGCUUCAUGAUGCUAUAAUUGACAGUGGGUUAUACCAGUUCAGUGCCUGGAACUAUGGUAGAGAACUAAUCAAGAUCAGUUCUCUUUUCCUCUACUCCUUUUCCUUUUUCAAAUUGAACUACAUCUUUUUGAGUGCUUUGUUUAUGGGAAUGGCAUGGCAGCAAAUGACCUUCAUCGCACAUGAUUCUGGACAUGUUUCAUUGACUCACAACUACCAAUUAGAUAACAUAUUUGGAAUGAUAAUUGCUGAUUGGUUUGGGGGUUUGAGUUUGGGCUGGUGGAAGCGUAACCAUAAUGUACACCAUCUUAUAACAAACGAUCCAGUUCAUGAUCCAGAUAUCCAGCAUUUACCAUUCUUCGCUGUAAGCGUGAGAUUAUUCGAGAAUGUUUAUUCCACGUACUACAAGGUUGUGUUGCCCUUUGACAAGGUGGCCGAAUGGAUGAUCCCCAUUCAAAACUAUACAUACUACCCGAUUUUAUGCUUUGGUAGAUUCAAUUUAUAUGCAUUGUCAUGGAUGCAUUUGUUGAGGGGAUUGGGCCCACGUCAUGGUAAGGCUGCAUGGUUCAGAUACUUUGAAUUGGCUGGAUUGUCGUUCUUUUUCUGGUGGUUCUUUUACUUACUUGUGUACAAGUCGAUCGAUAAUAACUGGGACAGAUUUGUCUUUGUCAUGGUGAGUCAUGUCGCCACGAUGCUUGUGCAUGUUCAGAUCACGUUGAGUCACUUUGCUAUGUCAACUUCUGACUUGGGGUUGAGUGAAUCUUUCCCCCUGAGACAAGUCAGAACUACAAUGGAUGUCGACUGCCCAGAAUGGUUAGAUUUCUUGCAUGGAGGUUUACAGUUCCAGGCUAUCCACCACUUGUUCCCUAGAUUGCCCAGACACAAUUUGAGAAAAGCACAACCUCUAGUGAUAGAAUUCUGCGAGAAGGUUGGAUUGAAGUAUUCAAUCUAUGGAUUUGGAAAAGGGAAUGAGAUUGUUAUUGGGAAACUUGCUGAUAUAGGGAAGCAGUGUAGCAUAAUGUUAGAAGCUACGAAGAAGCUUCAGGAUCAUUAA